AUGGUGACGAUCUGUACCUACAAUGCACGUACACUUGCAUCAGAGUCCUCGGUAGAAGACGUGCUCAUGCAAGCAAGAAGGAUAAAGUACGACGUCACCGGUAUGUCUGAGACGAGACGAUGCCACCCAUUCAACACCGUCUAUUACACUGGAGAAAAACUGUUUCUCGGAACAUGUGAGACAAUAGAGGUGUCAGCGGCGUCGGCAUUCUGGUCAGCACGAAUUUGUCCAUGA